AUGAUGUCGUAUCUCAAGCAACCGCCUUACCCGGUUAACGGGCUGAGUUUAACCACAUCCGGUAUGGACCUUCUGCAUCCGUCAGUGGGAUAUCCAGGAUCAUGGGCAUUUUGUGUUUUAUUGGAAACAGCUACUCCUCGAAAGCAGCGUCGGGAAAGAACGACAUUCACUCGGGCUCAGCUCGAUGUGCUCGAGGCCCUGUUCGCUAAAACGCGCUAUCCGGAUAUCUUCAUGCGCGAGGAAGUGGCCCUGAAAAUCAACCUGCCGGAGUCCCGAGUACAGGUUUGGUUCAAAAAUCGGCGCGCAAAAUGCCGACAGCAGCAACAGCAGCAGCAGAACGGUGGCCAGAGUAAAGUUCGCCCGGCUAAGAAGAAGAGCUCCCCGGCGCGGGAGGCGAGCUCAGAGAGCGGCGCUAGCGGUCAGUUCACACCGCCCUCCAGUACCUCAGUGCCGGUUAUAUCCAGCACGGCGGCGCCGGUGUCGAUUUGGAGCCCGGCAUCGAUCUCACCUCUGUCGGAAGUGCUCUCCACCUCUUCGUCGUCGUCAUGCAUGCAGCGCUCUUACCCGAUGACCUACACGCAGGCGACAUCUGGGUAUGGUCAAGGCUACGCGGGCUCGGCGUCCUACUUUGGCGGUAUGGAGUGCGGUUCAUACCUGGCGCCCAUGCACCACCAGCUGUCGGCCCCAGCAGCCUCCGCUCUCAGUCCCAUGAGCACCAGCGCCGUCAGCAGCCACCUGAACCAACCGUCCGCUCAGGGCUACGGCGCCUCGGGCCUCGGCUUCAACUCCACUGCGGCAGACUGCCUGGACUACAAAGAUCAAACAUCCUCUUGGAAGCUCAACUUCAACGCUGACUGCUUGGAUUACAAAGAUCAGACUUCCUCCUGGAAGUUUCAGGUGUUGUGA